AUGAAGGCCGAAUUCGCAGAAGACACUGUUUUGGAAACGGAUGAUCCACUACUCUCUAACGAAAUGGUGAAUAAAGCUGCUACGGUUUAGCAUUAAAUAAGAUGUGCUGUGUAGCAAUUAGUAGUAAAAGUGAUUCAAGCUUUUUGAUUUUCAAUGAUUUUCGGAGGGUUUGACGCAUUAAAUGACGUUUUGCAGUUUUAUUUGACUUCUUCGAAAAACGGUUUACAGUACGAUGAGGUGCCUUCAGAAUCGGAAUACACGCGCGCACCUCAUCAGUGUAACGUUUGCAACAAGAUCUUCGUUUCGUAUAAAGGUUGGCUUGUUUUUUUUAUGAGGAAAGAUUACAUGAUUCAAAGUUGACAGGAAAAGUGAGAAAAAGUUUCAGUGUUAAAAAAGAAACAUGUAAAAUGUUGUUACCAGGAAAUUUUACCGAUCGUAAAAAACUCGAAUUUUGUUAACAUAUUUAGGAAAAAAAAAUUGCAGGUCUCCAGCAGCACGCGGUGAUUCACACGGACAUGAAGCCAUUCCAGUGCGAAGUUUGUUCCAAAGAGUUCCGUUUCAAGUCGAAUCUCUUCGAACACCGGUCUAUCCACACUGGGUACCAGGUCUAUCAAUGCUCGUUUUGUGGAAAAUCGUGCAGGUAUAUUUCAAGUUGCAGCCCUUCAAAAAAAAAAAGAUGAAUGGAAAUCCCACCUUGGUAUUAACAGCAAAAAGACAGCUUUGUUUUUUCUACAGACUCAAGGGAAAUCUGAAAAAGCACAUGAGGACACACGUGUCAACGAAUGAAGAGCUGGAGGAGGCCUGGAAACCGUUUUCUAGGUUGAAAAUGAUUCUUAUUAGAGAAAAUCCCAGUUACAGUAAUCGACGGCCAGCCAUGAGACUUCCUGAAAAUCCCGUCAUUUUGCAAUCUUCGUCUUUCGAAACUGGGUUCGGCUCACUACAACUUCGCCCUCGCGUGCCAAAGUGAGCACUUUGGGUUUUAAAAGAUACAGUACUCCGUUCAGACGGCAAUCGUUCAACUUGGACCCCAGUUAUUGGGUGAAUCGCGUGCUAAGUGGCGAUAUAUGCCCCACGGCGCCUCUUGAAGAUAAGGUGAAAAAAAAAAAUCAAAUUAAUAGCAAAAAAUAUUCAAAAAGCGUCAUCUACGAGAACCCCCAAAAAAAUAUUUAAAAAAAAUAGUAUUAGGAAAUAAAAAAAAUUGAUUCUCGCCAGGAAACAUGUUUCAUUCUGAUUAAACCUGAAGAAUCUUACAAGGCGAAAGUUUAAUAGAAUAUUUCAUGUGAUAAGUGGUUUCUUCGAGAGAAAAUUGAUUUAGAGCGGGAAAAGGGGAAAACUAACUUCCUUCCUACGUUAAUGUUCAUAAUAAUUGCCUACAAUAAAUAUUUCUCAGCUUUUCCGUUAACUCAGAUUCUAGAGAAUUCCGAGAUGCCAUAAAAAAAAGGUAAAAAGUUUUCAGAAUCAACUGAUAUCUGAAGUAUAAUUUUCAGUUGUGUUAUGAGGAUCAUCACAAAAAAAAAAUGAAAUUGAAAAUAUUUUAUUGAUUUUUUGUAAUCUAAAAAACUGCAUAAAGAUUCUUCAAUGCUUCCAAAGCAAACUUUAAAAGAUUCAAACUAAAAAAAUAAUCUAAAAACUAAAUAAAGGAUUCAUAUGGUGUUAGCAGAAGAUGCGAGAAAAGCAUACCUAAUAAAGAAAGCUCAGCUUUGAAAGAUUCUUGAAAAAAAAAAACGUAUUUUCACUAAACGAUUUUUUAUAAAAUGAAUUUUGAAAAAGGUAUACAGGGCCCGUUUCUUUGAGUAACUUGUUUCAGAAUCAUUUUUCUUCAGAUUGAGCAAAUCCAAAAAGAAAUGGAACGCUGUUCAACGAUCGACGAAAUCCUUGCUCAAACCGUUCCAUUCGAAACGUGAUAAAAGCCCACAAAAAGUCGAUAAAAGUGUUGUUUUUGAAGAGUGGGGUGCUCCCUGUGCAAUUCUUCCUACUUGAGCCGUUCGAAUGUCCGCGAUCACGAGCUCAUCGAACACGCCCUCGCCACCAAAAGUCACAACUUUUGCAACGUGAGUAAAAGCUCCGAUAUAAUUGAAUAAAACCAUUUCUUUCGCCAAUUUCCUUACUAGGGAACUACUCGGACUCGGGUACGCGUUUCGAGUUGAAACUUUGGUGGCUUAUAAACCGGGGUAAGAGUACUUGGAAACAAGAGAGAUUAUCUGCUAAACCCUAUAGGCUUCUGAGAAAAACCUUAUUGAAAAUGAACAGUUUAGGCUUGAGAAUCAUCAAAUUUCUGCUUUCCUCCUUCUUUUGGCUGGAAAAAAAGUUUUUCAAAGUUGAUCUUAGCCGGAUUGUAUUAAAAUAUAAAAUAAGGUAAAAAGCAUUAUUCUGAAAAUUUUCAGGCCUAAUUUUCAAAUUUUUCACUAAUUUUUUCUCAGUUCUCUAUCGGGUUUAGCAGAUAUUCUCUCUUGUUUUGGGUCUAUUAACCACUAAAGUUUGAACUCGAUCCGCGAUUACGAGUUCGAGUAGUUCCCUAGUCAGUAAAAAUUGAAAGAGCUCGCAAAGUUUUGAGUCUGAAAUGAAAAUGCUUUUUUAACGAUUCUGUGACAAGUUUAAUAUAUUUUUCGAAUUUUCAAAAAGUUCACAUUUGUUCCCUUUUGAGUCGCGCCUAAAAAGAAAAUUUCACAAACUUCAAAAUAUUUUUUAAAGCGGGAAAUUGAAUUGAUGAAAGAUUUUUAAAAAAAAGCGAUUCAAUUGACGCGUCAGUUCUACCCAUGUUGACUCAGAUCUGCCACCGCUUGUUCAACGACGAGACGAGCAUGACCCAGCACACGAGUUAUCACAAGAGAGUUCAGCAGCUGCUGCAGUUCGUCAACGACGACUACACCAUCUACGAGUUGAGCGGCUUCGGAGGAUCCCAUUCUGGUGAAUAA